AGGAGAACUACGAGAUCGCAGAAGGGGUUUGCAUUCCUCGAAGUGCUCUCUACAUGCACUACUUGGACUUCUGUGAGAAAAAUGACACACAACCUGUUAAUGCUGCCAGCUUUGGAAAGAUAAUAAGGCAACAAUUCCCCCAGCUAACGACAAGAAGACUUGGAACCAGAGGCCAAUCAAAGUACCAUUAUUAUGGGAUUGCAGUGAAAGAAAACUCCCAGUAUUAUGAUGUGAUGUAUUCUAAAAAAGGAGCAGCCUGGGUCAACGAAACAGGAAAAAAAGAAGUAACCAAACAGACAGUGGCGUAUUCACCACGAUCCAAACUGGGAACAUUACUGCCAGAGUUUCCAAAUGUCAAAGAUCUAAAUCUGCCAGCCAGUCUGCCAGAGGAGAAGGUUUCUACCUUUAUUAUGAUGUACAGGACUCACUGUCAGAGGAUACUAGACACUGUAAUAAGAGCAAAUUUUGAUGAGGUUCAAAGUUUUCUUCUGCACUUUUGGCAAGGGAUGCCUCCUCAUAUGUUGCCUGUAUUGGGUUCCUCAACUGUAGUGAACAUAGUGGGAGUUUGUGAUUCAAUUCUCUACAAGGCAAUUUCUGGAGUUUUGAUGCCCACAGUCCUACAAGCCUUACCUGACAGUUUGACGCAGGUGAUCCGAAAGUUUGCAAAGCAACUGGAUGAGUGGCUGAAAGUAGCUCUCCAUGAUCUGCCUGAAAACCUACGGAAUAUCAAGUUUGAAUUGUCCAGAAGAUUCUCACAAAUCCUCCGGCGACAGACAUCACUAAAUCAUCUCUGCCAAGCAUCAAGAACAGUGAUCCACAGUGCAGACAUCACAUUUCAAAUGCUGGAGGACUGGAGGAAUGUGGAUCUGAAUAGCAUUACCAAACAAACCCUCUAUACUAUGGAAGACUCACGGGAGGAACACAGGAAGCUCAUCAUACAAUUGUAUCAGGAGUUUGACCACCUUUUGGAGGAGCAGUCACCCAUCGAGUCAUACAUCGAGUGGCUGGAUUCCAUGGUGGACAGAUGUGUCGUAAAGGUAGCUGCCAAGAGACAAGGCUCUUUGAAGAAAGUGGCUCAGCAGUUCCUCCUGAUGUGGUCCUGUUUUGGCACUCGAGUGAUUCGGGACAUGACUUUGCACAGUGCACCCAGCUUUGGUACUUUGAUUUAG